AAAAAAGAAAGAAAAAAAAUCAAUAGUAAGCUUUCCAGGCAAGCCCUCCUCCAGCAGUGCUCUCCUUUGGCGAACCUUGGAAAUCCCCUCUUGUGCAUUUUUACCUCCAUCUGUUUGCCUGCACAUGCAUCAACUUGACAGCAUCUUCCUCCCCCUGCCCGCCCUUUUAAUCACUCUCUGGCGGUUACGUCACAUUCAUCUUUGCCGCACGGUUUAUUAAACCUGGCAGCUCAUCACCUCCCGACCCGCCUCCCCACCACCGGAAGCAUCUGUUCCCGCGUCCCUCUUUUGCCCCGCUAGCCGCCGCGCCGCGCCGCGCCGCGCCGCUCCGCUCCGCGCGCCGCAUUCGUCUCCCACCCUGCGCCGGCGCCUUCGGCCAUGCCGGAGCGCAUGUCGCGCCGCUCUCGCUCGCUGCUCUCCCUGACCUUGACCUCUUUGGCCCUGGCGCUCUCCAUCCUGGCCCUGUGCACCUCCUACUGGUGCGAGGGAACCCACAAGGUGGUCAAGCCCCUCUGCCUGUCGCCGGUCAAGAUGAAGAACUGCGGGCAGAACAACAGCGAGCCUUACACCACAGAGAGCCCGACCCAAAACCCGUUCAACCGCACGCUGUCUCCAGCCAGACGAGAGGAGCUGGCCAAGAUCCGCCAGAGGCAGCUGGCCAACGCCGUUCACUACAUCUGGGAGACGGGCGAGGACAAGUUUGCGUUUCGAUACUUCCACACCGGCUUUUGGGAAAGCUGCGAGAAACACAAUGACGGGGAGAAAUGCAGGAGCUUUAUCGAGUUGACUCCAGGGGAGACGCAAGGUGUGCUUUGGCUGUCGGUCAUAUCCGAGUUCACGUACAUCGGCCUGCUCGGGAUGGGCUUCUUGCUCAUGUGGCUGGAAGUGUUGUGCUCUCACAAAGAGAUGCACUCGCUCAAAAUCAGUGCCUACGCUGCGAUGUGCACUGUGCUGUCAGGUCUUCUGGGGAUGGUGGCCCACAUGAUGUACACCACCGUGUUCCAGAUGACGGUCAUUGUGGGCCCCAAAGACUGGAGGCCUCAGACCUGGGACUAUGGCUGGUCUUUUGCUCUCGCCUGGGUGUCCUUCAGCUGCUGCAUGGGCGCCGCCGUGGUGACGCUCAACUCCUACACAAAGACCAUCAUCGAGCUGCGCCGCAAACAGAGGCUUCGCCUGGAGGAGGCGCGGGCCGCCGCCCGGGCCCCCUGCUACGAGGAGGUGGUCUCCGGCGGCGGCGGCGGCGGCGCGGGGGGCUUUUACUCCGUUAGCGGCCUGCUGCAGUGUCCCGACGGCAUGAUCGACGUGGCCUGGGCCCCCAACGGCAGCGUGGUCGGCGUGGGCAAUGGGGACGUGCCUACGCUGGUUUUAGUGGGAGGCUGCGGGCCGGAGGGCUGCGAAGACUGCGAGCGGGAGAUGGACGAGAUGGAGGGGCCUGUGGACCGAGUGGACUCCCCUUGCUGAGGGAGAGAGACCACCACCCUCCAUCCCUCGAGGAACUUAAAAACUGAAGCUGGAGACUCACGAACAAGGUGAAGGAAACUUUGCUCAAACUCAGUACAUAUCAAAUCCGCCCACAAUGACCACCGGCCAGAGUGACAUGCGGCGAUGCAUGCUCUCUGGGGGUUUUCUCAGUGCCUCACGGGAGAAAGGCGAACAUAUGUGUGUACAAACGCAAUCCACGUUCACCAGACGCUUCAUUAGGUACACCCACAGAAUCUAACGAGAGUCUCUUAAGAGUCAAUCAAGUCCCCUCAAUUUUCUUGAUCGAGCUCCAGUUCAGAGCAAAAGUUAUCUCAAGGGACUUUAGAGGUUGAGCAGAUCAAGAAUGAUUCUUCUCACUCAUCUGACGGGAGCGGCGACAGAGCAAUGGGCACAACAACCGAGGACAAAAACGAUCCGUUCCCGUAGCGCCAACACCCGCAGGUACGGUCAAAGCUCUGUCACCAAUUUUGCUUUUACAAAGACAAUAAAGCUCCGCUUUGUGACGCUUUGAUGAAAUAAUCACAUUUCACAGUGUUACUGCAGUUGAACACCGUUCAAAUAUUGUAAAGCGAUGGUUCAAUAAAAUGGGAUAUCAUG